AUGGAGUUCAAUGCUGAUCUGUUGAACAAGAUCCUCGCGGCCAAGGUUUUACCAGAAAAGGAUGGACAGGUGAUUUGUGCCAACUUCUUUGGCUUCAAACAUGCUGGAAAGACCGUGACACGUCGUUCCGCUUUGGUGUGCCUACAUUCGGUUGGAAAGACUACUGAAACGUAAGUUUUUACUUUAUGGCUCUGAUGUUGCAGUAAAGAGAAAACUGUUGUAAGAAUCUUUAGAAGGCAGUAAUGAUUAGUAUUUUUGAUACGUUUAACGGGUAGAACUAGUUGCUUUAAUGGAAAACUAAAAAUAUCUUAAAGAUACCCUAUUUAGGACUUACAAAGUUGCAGUGAAUAACAUAAAGGAUCUUGUCUACUUGUUUACUCCAAAGGAUCUAGACGACUUGUAUGUAGAUGGAAUGUGGGAACAAACGUAUGUUUGAUUUGAACAAAAGUCUGUUUGCAACUUUUAACGACUUUUAUUCUAUAUUUACACGUAUUUAGGUAUAAUUUGUUAAAAUUGGAUCAGACUGACCAAACGCUGAAACAGCAAGAUACGCACAAAAAAGCAAAGUUGUGGAUGGUAGGAAGUUCCGUUGUGUUUCAAGACAUACACGGCGUAAUGGACGUUCUCGACGCCAAAAAAAAUCUUAUGGAAAUUGAAAGCGGUGUCUUUGACUUGUUCAACGCAAAAGUGGUUGGAAGUACGGAAACCGGCGACUUGUGGCUGCCUGACAAUACUUGCAGACAGAUCAAGGCGAACGGCGGCAAGUACGAGUUGGUCGUUUCAAAAUGCCCGAAUCCAAAAAAACUGCUCCUCUCCUUGGUAUGUUAUAGUUUCAAGUUUUCAAACCCUAACCUUUGGUAGACCAGUCUUUUAAAAUGAAAUGAUUGGGAAUCAGGGUUGGACUUUUACCAGUAAAUGGAUUUUUUUGGUAAAAGGAAUAUUUUUGAAACAAAGUUUUUGGAAAUUAUUUUUAAUUUCAAAUUUUAAUGAAACUUUUGACUUUAGGCUGCUUUGAAAGAGAAGAAUGCCAGACUAAGUAAUGCCGAAGCAAGUCCCAGCGUCUUCGCUAUCUUGUACUAUGAGUAAGUGAUCUUUUAUGUCAUCUAUUUGCUAUAUGUAACAUAUUUCAGUUGUAAUUAGUUUAAAAAACUGUUUUAAGUUAUUUUUUUAAUUAUUAAAUUUUUAAAAAUAUUUUUAAACUUUUUUUUGCUAACAUUAAAUCAAAAAAAGAGUUUUUCAGGAAAGCGCCGACCACAACUACGACGACAACAACAACUACUACUACCACUACCAUACCUGAAACUACAGAUUUAUCCGAUGUCACUACCGAAGCUACAUCCGCAUCUCUUCCGGCAAUUAUGUGGGUGUAAGUUUAAGUUUAGUUUAGGCUUUUAAGGCUUAGGUAAACGAUGUCAUUUUAUAAGUGAAACUUGUUUUAAAAUUUUUUAAAUUUGAAAAUGCAGUAUCCUACUUAAAUUUAAAGUAGGAUACGUUUAUUUUGCUUGGUUUUGCUACUUUUUCACAAUAACUUUUCAUACGCUUUCAGAGGUAUUGUUCUUGGCAUUGUUGCAUUGGUUGGUUUGAUUGCAUUGGGCGUAUUGGCAGUUUGGAAACAUAAGAAGGAGAAGAAUGCAAAAAAUGUAAAGUAUGGAAAAGCAAAAAGGGAGAUCAGGUUCAAAUCCAAGUCACAAGAGAGAGUGGAAGCAGAAGCUAAAGCCAAGAUCAUAGCCGAAGAACAAGAGGCGGCUCUGGAUAGAAUCAUCAAAGAGAAUGGCUUCCCUGUCGAGAAAACGUUCAACAUAUAA